GUGACAGUUUUAGGGGGGAGGUACAACUAUUGAAUUCUGAACAACAAGCUAUUAAAAAGAGAAGCUAGUUCUGGACAUUUGGUUAACCAAGGAGCAGUCCCUCACCAUUACCAAUGAGUCUCACACGCCAUGAGGCUCUGGAAGUACUGGGCUUGGGGGAUGAAUCUACUGAUCAGGAUAUAAAAGACCGAUUCAAGCAACUGGCUCUCAAAUGGCAUCCCGACAAGAAUCCCGAAGACCCAAAGGCAGCAGAGGAGAAGUUCCAGAAGCUGUCUGCAGCGUACAGUCACUUGAAACACGAAGACAAAGAAGACGAGGAUACCUACGAUGCUGUCUCUCUUGCAGAACUACUUAUAGAGUUAUUUGGAAGGAGACGCUUCAUGUUUGAACCUACACCGAGCCCCUCCUGCACAUGUUUCUACUGUACCUUGAACUCUGAGUGGAAACAAGAUAGACAAGAGAUGAUGGAGGAGGAGAAGAAGAAAGAAUACAUCAGAGACUAUCAUGAGGCCACUGCAAAAGUUAUUGGAGAUCACUUAGUUAAACAGUUCGCAGAUAAACUCUAUAACAAUUUCAACCAGCCAAGCCGUAUGAAUAGGAAAGGCAGUGAUACUGCUCAAGUUAAAGUCAGCUCAGAAGAAGCCAGUCGUAAUGCAAAGCAGUUGUUAGAAGCCGAAGAAAAAGAAGAGAGAGAUAAAGAGAAGAAAAGAGAAAGGAAUAAGAAGAAGAAAGAAGCUAAGAAGAAAAGGAAAGCAAGCGCUGCCAAGGCUACAAAAAAUGACUCUGCUGCUGUUCAAGACGAAGAUAGCGGCCCAGAAGAGCCAGAAGGAGGUGCAGAUGAUGAGUUUGAUGUGACAAGUGCAUUCAUAGCUCGAGCCAGCAAGAAGCAAUCAUCCACCGUGAACACCAAGCCACGCCCACCAAGGGAUGCCUCCCCAUUUACUAGUAAUGGAACUGUUAGUAGUACCAGUCUACAGUCUAACGAAGGGGCGGAGCAGUCUCUCCCCCUCAUCCGCGAUCCAGAGACUAUGGAGAAUGAUUUGGCUCAGAGUCGAAAGCUAGCCUCCCUGGGUAAUCGAGCUGCCAAAGACGGUCAUUUUGGUGAGGCUGUGAGAAGGUACACAGAGGCCAUUGCACUGUACCCCUACGAUCACAGAUAUUUUGGAAACAGAUCUUUCUGCUACGACUUUCUCCAGAACUACACAAGUGCCUUAGAAGAUGCCAACAGAGCCAUAGCGUUGGAUGUUACAUGGGCCAAGGGAUAUUAUCGUAGAGGAAGAGCCUACGCGGGACUUAAGAGGUUGGAGCUAUCAGAGGGAUCGUACAUUCAGGCGCUCAAGUGUGACCCUCAGUACAAAGAUGCCGAAGACGAGCUGUUCAAGAUUCGAGUGGAGCAGCUAGUGGGUAUGGGUUUUCCCCCUGAACUCUGUGAGCCAGCUGUGAAAGAAUUUGGAUCAGUUCAAUCUUCCAUUGAGGCUAUACUAGCUGGAAAAGUUGUGGCCACUUCCACCGUGGCUAACGGGUACCACCCUGACCCCCCACCGUCAGACCCCCCACAGUCGAAGCAGUCGCGAGAGAGGUAUAAGCUUCCCCCCAGAAUGCAAGUACGUGCCAGUCAGCCUCAACCUCCCCCCUCACCACCAAGAAAAGAGAAGUCAAGUGGUGGCCUUGAGAAACGAUCUCUAUGGGUUGGCAACAUCACAUCCGAUGAUAUCACUGAGGAAAUGAUGUCUGAUCUGUUCAAACCAUUCGGUGAGAUAGUGUCUGUGAGGCUCCUCCCGGCACGCCGCUGUGCCUUCGUGAACUUCCUAAAAGUAUCCUCUGCUGCAAAGGCUCUCGAGAAAUUACAGGGCUACCAUCUUGGAGGAAACUACCUUCUUCUGCGUUAUCCUGAGAUGAGCAACAAAAACCCUUACAUGCUAAACCUCAAGAAGCCCGGGCCUGUGAACGGUACUGAGUGUUACUAUUGGAGAACCACCGGUUGUCAGUUUGGUAUCCAGUGUCGCUACGAGCACCUACCAGAGAACAAGGGGGUUGACCUGCCUACCAUGGUGUAACAAUUUAAAAUAAUAGAUAUUGACUGGAUAAGCCCUUAUAAUAAUUGCUGAAAUUUUUGCAUUGUAAAAUGUUAUAACUAAAAUAUAGCUGAGACAUUUGAACAGCUAAACUAUCCUG